CUUCCAUUCAUCUCUCAGAAAUUAACAACUCUCCCAAAUUAACAUUUCCACAUUCAACACAACAAUCUCUCCCUCACAACUUGAGCAACCCAGCUCCACUUUUGUUUUGAUAGGCAAUCUUUCAAGUGAAAUAUAUUUAUCAGUUUGCAUUACUAAGAUGGCAGCAACCACCAACAGCCAAAACAGUUCCCUUUUUUGCACUGCUAAAGGCGGUAGUGAUCCAUUAAAUUGGGGUGUGGCGGCGGAGUCAAUGAAGGGGAGCCACCUUGAUGAGGUCAAACGCAUGGUGGCGGAGUACAGGAAGCCGGUGGUCCGGUUGGGCGGAGAGACGCUGACUAUAGCUCAGGUGGCUGCCGUUGCAGCACAUGACCAGCACAAUGGUGUGAGCGUUGAACUGUGCGAGUCAGCCAGAGCUGGUGUCAAGGCCAGCAGUGACUGGGUGAUGAAUAGCAUGAACAAUGGCACUGACAGUUACGGUGUCACCACCGGCUUCGGUGCCACUUCCCAUCGCAGAACCAAACAAGGCAAUGCUUUGCAGCAAGAGCUCAUCAGGUUUUUGAAUGCCGGAAUAUUUGGCAAUGGUACCGAAUCAAGCCACACAUUGCCACAGCCUGCAACUAGAGCAGCAAUGCUAGUGAGGAUCAACACUCUUCUCCAAGGGUACUCAGGCAUUAGAUUUGAAAUCCUAGAAGCCAUUACCAAGCUCCUCAACAACAACAUCACCCCAUGUUUACCACUUCGUGGUACUGUCACAGCUUCUGGUGAUCUGGUCCCACUUUCAUACAUUGCUGGACUGCUUACUGGCCGACAAAACUCCAAAGCUGUUGGACCCUCUGGAGAGGUACUUAAUGCCAAGGAAGCUUUCGAAUUGGCUAGCAUCGAUUCAGGAUUCUUUGAAUUGCAGCCUAAGGAAGGGCUUGCCCUUGUUAAUGGCACUGCCGUUGGUUCUGGCUUGGCUUCUAUUGUUCUCUUUGAGGCUAACAUAUUGGCUGUGCUGUCAGAAGUCUUAUCAGCAAUUUUUGCCGAAGUGAUGCAAGGGAAACCUGAAUUUACCGACCAUUUGACGCAUAGGCUUAAGCACCACCCUGGACAAAUUGAGGCUGCUGCAAUCAUGGAGCACAUUUUGGAUGGAAGUUCCUACAUCAAAGCAGCAAAGAAGUUGCACGAGAUGGAUCCCUUGCAAAAGCCAAAACAAGAUCGAUAUGCACUUAGAACUUCACCUCAGUGGCUUGGUCCUCUGAUUGAGGUGAUUCGAUUCUCAACCAAGUCGAUUGAGAGAGAGAUUAACUCCGUGAAUGAUAACCCUCUGAUCGACGUUUCCAGAAACAAGGCCUUACAUGGCGGUAAUUUUCAAGGAACCCCAAUUGGAGUUUCCAUGGACAACACACGACUAGCUCUUGCAGCAAUUGGCAAACUCAUGUUUGCUCAGUUCACUGAGCUUGUCGAUGAUCAUUACAACAAUGGGUUGCCUUCAAAUCUCACUGCUAGUAGAAAUCCUAGCUUGGAUUAUGGUCUCAAGGGAGCUGAAAUUGCCAUGGCUUCUUAUUGCUCCGAACUCCAAUAUCUUGCGAAUCCAGUCACAACCCAUGUUCAAAGUGCUGAACAGCACAACCAAGAUGUGAACUCCUUGGGUUUGAUUUCUUCUAGAAAAACAAACGAAGCCAUUGAGAUCCUUAAGCUCAUGUCAUCCACAUUCUUGAUUGCACUUUGCCAAGCAAUUGACUUGAGGCAUUUGGAGGAGAACUUGAGAUACUCAGUGAAGAACACCGUAAGCCAGGUUGCCAAGAGGACACUUACCACAAGUGUCAGCGGAGAACUCCAUCCUUCAAGAUUUUGUGAAAAAGAUUUGCUGAAAGUGGUUGAUAGGGAGGUUGUAUUUGCCUAUAUUGAUGACCCCUGCAGUGCUACAUACCCAUUGAUGCAAAAAUUAAGGCAAGUACUUGUGGAUCAUGCACUAGUAAAUGCAGAGAACGAGAAGAACCAGAACACGUCAAUCUUUCAAAAGAUUUCAACUUUUGAAGAUGAGUUAAAGAGUCUCUUGCCAAAGGAGGUUGAAAGUGCAAGAAAUGCAUAUGAGAGUGGCAAUCCAGUAAUUCCAAACAAGAUCAAUGAAUGCAGAUCUUACCCACUAUACAAGUUUGUGCGAGAGGAGUUGGGAACUGAGUUGCUAACUGGAGAAAAGGUCAGGUCACCAGGUGAGGAGUUUGACAAACUGUUCACAGCUAUAUGUCAGGGUAAAAUUAUUGAUCCUCUCCUGGAAUGCCUUGGGGAGUGGAACGGUGCCCCUCUUCCAAUAUGUUAACUUUAUAAGUUAUUUUUGUAUAUGAUGUAUUGUUGAUCAUUUGUUCUAUCAAGCCUUGGGCAAAGUAAUAUGGAAAGCUCCAUUUCACAUUACAACAUUGUUAAGAUAUGAGAACGUUUCAAAACCGUUGCCAUUAAUGGCAACAAUGUCAAUGGUUAACAAAGUAUUUUAUAAUGACUUUAAAAA